AAUAGGCUGAAUCCUACUCUGGCCAGCGGGCUGAACGUGCCGCCUGACGGCUUGUUUAGGGCAUGCCUGGGCUGGGGAGUUCAGCACGUGGGUCGGCACGGCGCGGUCCGUGUAUCGACCCAUGUCCCCUCCGCCCCUCCUUCUCGGCGGCAGUGACCGCAGCGACCUCGGGGCUCUGCGACUCGUCGGAGAGAAAGUCGAAUCGGAAUCCCCCGCGGAAGGAGAGCGCCGCCUCGGAGAGGAACGAGCGAGGGCGGCGGCGGCAGCCCAAUGCCGCUCGGCGUCGCCGGAGGGGCACCACACAAGGCAGGGGAAGGUGGAAGCACCCGCGGCGGCGGCGGCUCCGCCCCGGCGACGUCGCGAGCUCGUCGCCCUCCUCCUCACUGGCUUCCUAGCCUCCACCCGCGUCCCCAACGCCAGGCCGCCGCAGCCGCUCGACGCGGUCCACCUCAUGAACGCUGGUGGCUUCUGGUGUUGGCAAUGCGAAUCAUACGGCUUAGGUUGCUGCUCUGCCCAUGUGCUGGAAUCUGUUUUCGCCGUAGUCACCUGUGGCAUCACAAUUAUUAUUCUAUGGACUAGUUCCACCGAUAAGAACUCUCGGUUCCACCAUGAUCCAUGGAGCCAGAUCCUUUUAAAAUUGAUUAAGUUUGACAUUCAGAAAGGGACAGCGCUUUUGUCUGGAAGUGGGUGUUGGUUCCUGGCCACGAUGGUUGCAGGGACAAGAGCAUAGGCGUGUAGCUAUUAGCUUUCUGUUAUCUUACUCGCUUCCUUGUUGAUUUCUCUGGUGACUCCAUGAGCAUUUAGUAGGCUCUCUCUUAAACAAGGUACUAUGCUUGAGCAUCUUGCUGCAAACUUUUGUGUGGUUGUGUGGCUUUUCUGUUGCAACCUAUCGAGUUCCCUUGUUUGAUGGCAACAUUUUGCUACGUGUCGGUACCCAAUGGAUGCAGUUCAAAACUCUAAAUACUUAUUUUAUUUUUCUCUAUUGGUCUUUUACAUCGGACUCAUUUGUUAGUGAACAAGUUUUAUUAUGAGUCAUUCUUGAUUA